AAAGACUUUUUUGUAGGGCGAUCGACUCGUUUAUUAAUUUUAAUUGAGGUUGACAUAUUUAAUACAUUGUUAACAUGUGGGUGAGCGCUUUUACUUGCGGCAAAGCUUUUGUUUGCAUUAUCUCAAAGACCAGAAAAGCUGGAACAAUUUAAUGCUAGGUACUCAUUCCACUGGGCAACCACGACGACGAACGACAAAGUGCAAAAAUUAUGAUCUUGUCUGGGUAGAAGUACUGACACGACACUGGGGAAUAGUGCAUGGAGAUAUCUAAGCUGUGAUACAUUGUGUCAUUUUCGAGCACAAGGAUUUGAAAUAAUUUACUGACUGGACCAUGGUGCGACUCAAUCGACACCUGCUGCCUAUUAAGGCUCACUUUUUCUUCUUUAUGGCUGCCAUGGGUCCAAUUCUACCCCAAUUGGCGGUAAUUGGCAAACAAAUUGGAGUGCCUCCGGAUGUAAUGGGCUAUAUCAUGGCCGUUUUGCCCAUUUUAUAUGUUUUGGCCAAGCCCCUGGUGGGCUUUCUAGCUGAUUAUUUUACGAGCCUACGAAAAUUUAUUUUCAUCACACUUAUCCUAAUAAUGACUUUGGCCUUUGCUGGCUUCUACUUCUUGCCCGGGAAUGAGCAUGCGAUCCAGUUAGAGGACAAUAAAGACACCUGGAAUGUGACUCUGCUGGAGAGACCCACGGACUGCAGUCCUACGAUAGAGUCCUCACCAUCCUUUUGUCAAGUAGCCCAUAGGGCGGACUGCAAUCUGGGUGAGAGUGGAUUUUCUGCCCUAAUUGUGGCCCACGGGGACAAUCUUAAUCUCAGCAAGAAUCUCUUGCAUGGCAACGAGAGCUACCACUUGUGUCUCACCCAGCCCCGGACCUUGGACUGGAGUAACACCUCCUCCACUUCUUGCCAGCUCCAGCAUGUGAGUUCCUGCAUCUAUGGAGACAGCAAGUUCUGGCUCUUCGUGUGCUUGCUUUUCAUCGGAACUAUAGGCUUCAAUGUGACCAAUUCCAUAUCGGAUGCCUGCUGCUUUGACCUCCUGGGUGAAAAGCAGGAUAAGUACGGAGCUCAGAGGGUAUGGGGCACCAUUGGGUUCGGGGCCACUGCCAUGCUGGGGGGUAUCGUGGUCAACUGGUGGACCUCGGAUGCGGUCAAGAGCUUGACCCCAGCCUUGGUCAUCAUGUGCGUGUUCAGCCUGCUCGAUCUGUUCAGUGUGUCCAAGCUGAAGCUUCCAAAACUUGGUGGAUCGGAAUCCAUUUGGAAGGAUGUCUGGCAAUUGGUUCGACAGCCACCAAUUCUGGUGUUCCUGUUUUUCGCCACCAUGGCGGGAAUCAUCGAUUCGUUCAUCAUCUAUUUCAUGUUCUGGCACCUGGAGCAAGUGGCCGAAGCCACCGGCUACAUGCACGAAAUCAAGUUGAUCGAGGGAUUAGUAGUGGCCGCCGAGUGUCUGGCGGGUGAAGUGCCAUUCUUUUUCUACAGCGGCAAGAUCAUCAAGAAACUGGGCUAUGUCCAUUGCAUGAGCAUGUGCUUCUUUUUCUAUGCGGUGCGACUGUCGCUGAUAGCUUGGAUUCCCAAUCCCUGGUACCUGGUCGGCGUGGAGCUCUUCUUCCAGGGCAUAACCUAUGCCCUUUGCUACACCUGCAUUGUAGCCUACGCCUCGGCAGUGGCUCCCCCUGGCACUUCGGCUACUGUCCAAGGACUGAUGGCUGGAAUGGACGAUGGACUGGGAUUCUCGAUCGGAUCCUUGGUCGGCGGAUACAUGUUCAACAGAAUUGGAGGACGUGAGAGCUUCAAGUACUUUGCCAUAGCCGCCAUUUGCACCUGCGUGGCACACAUCGUGGUGCGGCCCACCUCCAGAAAGCGACAGUUCCUGCCGAAUCAGGGAUACCAGCAGCCCGCAGAACAAGACGUCAAGCUUCCACCGCCUCAGGAAUUGCAGGAAAUCCAAUUGGACAAUAAGACUGUAGAUUAAGUAAAGAGAGUAGUACUGUAUUUUUUGCAUAUUUUUGUACUCUAUUUUUUGAUAAAACAAAUGAAACAAAAAAAGCAAAAAGUCCA